AUGAAGUCGUCGGCACUGCUAUGGGGAGCACAGCUCUCGCUCUUUGCGAGCCUCGGCGCCUGCGCGAAGCAGCUCGAGCAAGUCCUGGCUGUCCCGACAGGAUGGGCAAAGUUGAACGAGGUCGUGAACCCUUCGCGCCACAUUCGAAUGUCAAUCGCGCUGCGGCAGCCCAAUAUUGCCAAUUUGGAGUCUAAGAUGACAGCUAGCGGCAACCGCCUGUCGUUCGAUGAAAUCCGCGAAUUGCAAGCUCCGGCGCAAAAGGACAUCGACGACGUGCUGCACUGGCUCUCUCAGAACGGCCUCUCUGGCACUGUCAAGAACGAUUUCAUUCACGUCAGAACGACAGUCGCCAAAGCCGAGCCCUUGCUGAAUAUGAAGCUGAGCCGUUACUCGUUUGAGGGCAAAAAGCCUGUGCUUCGUACCACUAAAUAUACGGUUCCAGACUCCAUUGCCGACGCCAUCAGCUUUAUACAUCCCUUGGCCAAUUUCAUGUCGGCUCGCCACACGGCACAGGUCGUAUCUGCACCAGCGGUAUCAGCGUCCAAAGCCGUACAACAUGCACAAGACGAGGCGUUUUGCGCCGGUGGUGUCGAUCCGGCAUGCCUUACGCAGCUUUACAACAUCACAUAUUCGCCAGAGAACAAUGUCUCGCCGGUCAUUUUUGGGGUGGCUGGUUUCCUCGAGGAGAAUGCCAAUUUGCAGGAUCUGCAGCAGUUUCUCAGCACAUCUGCGCCGGAAGUCGCCAAAGCUGGCCGCUCCAUCAACGUUGAGCUGAUCAAUGGAGGUGUGAAUUCGCAAAACCUGUCCGAAGCCGGUGGAGAAGCUGCCCUGGAUGUCGAUUAUGCUGUGUCGAUUGGCUUCCCUACAAACGUAACAUACUACAUUACCGGAGGACGAGGAGUCAAGCUGAAUGAUAACGGGACGGCAAUCGUAGGCGAGGAUGACGAUAACGAGCCCUAUUUGGAGUUCUUCGAUUACCUCCUUGACAAGCCCGAUGGCCAGGUUCCUCACGUACUUUCACUCUCAUACUCGGACGACGAGUUGACGGUCCCUCGCGACUAUGCAGAGCGCGUUUGCAACUUGUUUGGCCUGCUCACGGCCCGUGGAACCUCCAUCAUCUUCGCAUCCGGCGACGGCGGCGCUCGAGGAGGUCGCAACUCCAACUGUGUCACCAACGAUGGUACGCACCGCCCAGUCACCAUGGCGACGUUUCCUCCCACCUGUCCCUGGGUGACUUCGGUCGGCGCCGUGGUAAACACAGCUGAGCCGCCCAGUGGCGCCAGCUUCAGCACUGGUGGAUUCUCCCAGUAUUUCUCUCGGCCAGCGUGGCAAGAGGCUGCGGUGACGGGCUACAUCAAGGCUCUAGGUGGGCACCUGGAUGGACUUUACAACCCGUCGAUGCGUGCCAUCCCCGAUGUCGCCGCAGUUGGCACCGAUUUCAUGGCCAUCGUUGGUGGGCAGACGCAUUAUCUGCAAGGCACCAGCGCCAGCACUCCUUUAUUCGCGUCCCUCAUUGCCUUGAUCGACGACGCCAGGCUGCGUGCCGGCAAGAAGUCUCUGGGGUACCUCAACAAUGUUCUUUACUCGGACAAGGUCCAGUCUGUUCUGCAGGAUAUCACGUCGGGGCAGAGCGCCUCUUGCAUCGUCAACGGAACGAGGCCUGGAGGGUGGCCGGCGGCCGUGGGCUGGGACGCCAUUACCGGGCUUGGGGUGCCGAAGGAGUUUGACAAGCUGCUGGAGGUUCUGCUCGAUGUAUAG